GCAUUGAAAGGCCCUGAAAUGAUGAGGCCAAUACAAGUUGUCCUACUUCUGAUUGGAGUGGCUACCUUGCAGGUUGCAGCCCGUGAUCUGGCCGCUGUCGGUUCACAUCCGUAUAGUGUCUCCCUACAGCAGGAGGGCAAACAUAUUUGUAAUGGCUGCUUGAUCAAGGAUCAAUGGGUCCUAACAGCCGCCCAUUGUGUGACAGUGGGCAGUGGCAUUACCAGCUAUCCAGCUCGCAAUUUCCAGGCACGCGUUGGCAGCGUUCAACGUCUAGCCGCCGGUCAGUUGAUUCAACUUUCGAGCAUUGUGGUCCACAGUAAUUUCUCCUUGGGUACCAGUGAUUUAGCUCUGCUGAAGCUAGAGUCAAAGGUCACCCUGAAUGCCAACACCCAGCCCAUUGAUUUGGCUACAGAAGAACCUCCAGUUGGCUCUGAGGUCACCUAUACGGGUUGGGGUGCCUCCGAGUUGGAUGGCACACCAAGCCAUCGCCUGCAGGUGGGCACACGUCAGGUCAUAAGCCAAGCCGAUUGCCGAGCAGAGACAUUCUUGGACCAAGAGGGUUUACUCUGUCUGGCCCCAGAGACGGGAGCGACAACCACUGCCGGACUAUGCACUGGCGAUGCCGGCGCCCCGGCCGUAUAUAAUAAUCAGCUAGUCGGCAUUGGCACAUUCUUCUUAUCCGAUUGUGGUACCCAACAACCAGAUGGCUAUCAAAAUAUCGUCCAUUAUUUGCCAUGGAUAAAUGCGAAUAGUUCUUAGAAGUGUGUGUAAAGAUAAAAUUUGUUCAUUCAAGGGCAAAACUUACCUUUAAUCAAUAAUAAUUUAAUUCAAUAAAUACUACAAAUAUC